UCCCAUGUUUUUUGGGACACCCUGUAGGUAUUAGAAAAUGUGUGGCUAGAACUCAUUUCCUUUCCUUCAAGAAAUGCAAGGUUGAACAAAUUUGAAAUCUAAAAAUUUAUGAUUUUUUUUUCGUCCCAAAAUGACCUCAAAUGAUUCUUUUCGUCUAAAAAUGACAUAAAAUCAAUACCUUGGGAAAGUGCUGCAAAAGAAAACAAAAUGAUUGAAAAGCUGAAAAAAAUGGUGGACUUAAAGGAGAAAAUAAGGAGUGCUGAAACAAAGUUUAGAGAGAAGUGUAAAGACGACCUUCAAUUGAUGCGGGAAAGAAAUGAGGCAGUUAGAACUGAGAUGAGAUCUCUCGAUGGUGUACAGGGAACAGGAGAAAAGGAUGGGGAUCUGAGGAAAAUUGAAAACCUCAAAGAAGUUUACUCGAAGCUAUCUCAGGAGAAUUUCAAACUAGAGAGAUUGAUUGAUAGUUCUCCAUCUAAACCAGAACUUUCACAAUAUCAGAAGCGGUUUAUAGAACUUAAUAAUCAGAUAUCAACAAAGCACGCAGAAACCCAGAAUUUCUACGAUAUGUUCAACAAUCUUACUUUACAGAAGUUCUUUAUAGAGAAGGAGAUUAAACUGCUGACUUCGAUCCAGGAUAACCUGAGUGAAUGCAGUGGAACACAAUCCACUAAAUAUGCGUUUAUCAGAUCUAUUGAAGAGUUGGUGAGCGGAGUAAAGGAAGCUAAGAAAAAGGCUGAAGAAAAGUUGGAAGACCAGAUGAAAAUAACAGCUGUUGCAAGAAAGGAGGGAGAGAGGUUGCGUGAAGAACGUGAAGAAUACUAUUCCCUACUUCAUGAAAUACAACAGGAAUUGAAGAAAGAAUAGUGGACAACUUAAAUAAACUUGUUAAAGAGUUCUUAAACCUUAUUUACUAAAAUCAAUUAGAUUUGAUUAAUUUAUUAAUCAUAAACAGACUGGAG